AUGGAAGAAACGAAGUGGGUGGUCCAAAUCAACGAGGAGCUCAAGAAUGAUGGUAUCUCAGCAGUGUAUGAAAAGGAGCAAUGGCAGAGGCAUUCCAUAUACAAGAUACCUUCACGAGUCACUGCAUUGAACGAAAGGGCGUACAAGCCUCAAGCAGUGUCAUUUGGUCCUUAUCAUCAUGGGGAAGAGCAUUUGAAGGACAUGGAAGAUCACAAGCAUCGAGCUCUGCUCCAUUUUCUCAAGAGGUGCAAAAAGCCUAUUGAGCUUAUCUUCCACUGCAUGGAUCAAGUGGUUGAAGAGUUGAGAGGCUCGUACAAUCCACUGGAUGAAAUCUGGAUGCAGGACAGAGCAAGGUUCGUGCAGAUGAUGAUUGUUGAUGGGUGUUUCAUGUUGGAGAUUCUGAGAGCCAAUGAUGGUGUUCCGGAUGAUUAUGCAGACAAUGAUCCUGUGUUUGGACAACACGGGAAACUUAAUGUGGUGCCAUAUAUCAAACGUGACAUGCUUAUGCUCGAGAAUCAGUUGCCCUUCACGGUUCUUCGUAUAUUGAUUGAGCUUGAGAAUGACACAAACCAGGGAGAAGACUUACUGUUGAAGCAAAUGUUGAAGUUCUUCUCCGCAGGCACACCUGAAACAAGAACCCUAGGCAAAUGCACGCACGUGUUGGACGUCUACAGAAAGAGCCUCAUCUACCAAGGACCCACUCACCGAACUCGAGUCUCCAAACCAAAACGCAGAAGAAGGUUCCACGACGACGACGAGAUCAUCCGCUCCGCAACAGAGCUCCAGGACGCCGGAAUCCGCUUCAUGAAAAGCCGCACACACAGCCUCGGCGACGUCUCCUUCGGCGGCGGCGUGCUUCGGCUCCCAAUCCUAGUGUUUGACGACACCACCGAGUACAUGUUCCUGAACCUGAUCGCCUUCGAGCGGCUCCAUGCUGAAGCAGGAAACGACGUCACCUCGUACAUAUUCUUCAUGGACACCAUCAUAGACAGCGAGAUGGACGUGGCGCUUCUACACCGGAACGGCAUUCUGGUGAACGCUCUCGGCAGCGAUAAGGCGGUUGCGAAGCUGUUCAACUCGCUUUCGAAGGACACUGCUGUGGAUCCGCAUGGAGUUUUAGAUGUGGUGAGGAUGAGCAUGAGUAACUACUGCAAGAAACCAUGGAACAUGUGGCGCGCAAAUCUCAUUCAAACCUACUUCAGAAACCCUUGGGCUAUUGUAUCGCUUGUUGCUGCGGUUUUUCUCUUCGCCCUUACCAUUAUCCAAACCGUUUACACCAUUGCUCAGUUUUAUCAACCUUCAACUCCUAACUCCUCCUCCUUCGUCAAACCUUCUCCAAAACCAUGGCACCGACCCUGAUUCAUUCAUAUUCGUCACUGCUUCAGCUUAAUUAUUCUUUGUUUUUAUCUUUUCUCCCCGUUCAACUUUUAUUUAUUCUAAAUCAUUACUUUUCAU